AUGCCUGCCGGGCCUUCGCCCGACUCGGCGCUGGAAGCUUCGGAAGUGUAUUUGCUGCUGGAGGUUCGCGAGGUUGGCCGCGUCGGCGCCUGCAGCCGGGCCUUGGCUUCCGUGGCUUCGAGCUCCUGGCAGGCUCUCCUCCAGCGCCACGCGGCUUUGCCGGCGGAUGCCGCAUCCCCUCGACGGACGCAGCAGGUGUGUCGAGAUCUCCUCAAGUUCCUGGCGUCUCGAGCGCACCUUCAUGGAAAGGUGGCCUGGACUUUUGCAUCAUGGACGAGCCUGGAGGCCUGCAUUUCGCCCUGGAGGGGACGGCGUGCAUUUGACGUGGUGGAUGCCGCGCUGUUCAAGGAGCUGUACGCAAAGUGCCACAGACGGGAUAACCGGCAGUACUACAAAGGACAUGCAGAGGCACUGCAGAGGUGCAAAGCCAUUGCGGCUGUGCCCUUGACCCUGACUUGGUCCUCAAGACCAGAAGCAGACGUUCCUCGAGGCUCCUGCGAGUGUUCCAUAGAUCUUCCGCACGGCCAUCUCCAGCUGAUCGUCAACCAGUGGUUUGCCGAACAGCAGGAAGGCUUGGCCUUCGAGUGCUUCCAUUUGGUGGCUGAUGUGCGCGGUUGCUGGCCACGCCUCCGACUUCUGCACCUGGCGCUCUUAUCCCUCGAGCCUUUCGCGCGGUCGGUGAGCACCGUCCUGGGCAGAAGGAGGUCAGAGGUGAUGGAGCUACGCUGGUGCCAUCCGGGCUACGAUGAUCUGCGAGAUGAGGCCGAAGCCGUCGCAGGCGCCGUGCCAGAGAGCCAGUUGCAGGCAAUACGGGCAGUGCUUCUCGUCAGGGCCGAAGAGGCUGCGGAAGAUGCUCCUGGAUCUGCCCAAUCUUCUGCGGAAGACCAGUCGGACAGCAGCAGCUCCAGCGCAAGAUCUGAAAGUGCAAGCGCAUAG